GUUGUCUCUUUAGAUUCUGCACUUAAAAGCAUCAACUGCAAUUAGCUUGAAAAAUCUCAACAAGGGAAACUGAAGCAAAACAAGAAAACUUGCCAGUCUUCCUGUUCUUCUAGCUUGAGAGAAAUAAAAUGGUGGCUAGACAAGUAAAUGUUCUGCUGGUUACAAUAGCCUUACAGGGCCACAUGAAUCCUAUGCUGAUGCUUGCCAAACGCCUUGUUUCAAAGGGCAUUAAUGUCAUCAUUGCCACUAACAAUGUGGCAAGUGACCGGAUUCUCAAGUCGAGCAAAGACUCCACCAAUUUUCCUACUGCCCAAAACACCAAUCCUAAACCCCCUGGAAUCAGUCUCGUGUUCUUCUCUGAUGGCCUUAGCCAGGAAUUUGAUCGCGAUGAGAAUGUUGAUUCAUUUAUCAAAGCCCUGAGGACGACAGGAGCAAAAAACCUGUCGAUUCUCAUAAACGUUUUCACAGCGCAGGACAAAAAAUUUUCUUGCAUUAUUUUCAAUCCUUUUAUGCCAUGGGUGACAGAUAUUGCUGCUGAACUUGGCAUCCCUUGUGGAGUACUUUGGAUCCAAGCAUGCACUGUCUAUCUUGUUUACUAUCAUUACUUUAAGCAUCCUAAUUUGUUUCCUUCAAUUGAGAGCCCAGAUGAGUUCCUGGAGUUGCCUGGAGUGCCAGUUUUAAAGGUAACAGAUCUUCCAUCCCUGAUCUUCCCAUCAAGUCCUUCCAUAUUCCGCGAAACACUACUUGAUUUUAUUCAAAAACUGGAUAAGAUAAAAUGGGUUUUGGUGAAUUCUUUUGCCGAACUGGAGGAGGAGGCAGUGAAGUCCAUGGCUUGUCUCCAUCCCAUUUACCCCAUUGGACCACUGGUGUCUCCAUUUCUGCUAGGCGAAGAAGAAAGCACCAGUGGCAGUAUUGAUAUGUGGAGUGCUGAAAAUUCAUGCAUAGAAUGGCUUGACGAGAAACCACCAUCAUCGGUCAUUUACAUUUCGUUUGGUAGCAUAAGCGUGCUGUCUCAAAAACAAAUGGAUAACUUAGCCAUGGGAUUAAAGAAUAGCAACAGACCAUUUCUUUGGGUGAUCAAGCCUCCAGAGAAAGAUUUUGAGAAGAAAGGAGGUGAAUUGCCUGCUACGUUCUUGGAGGAGACCAAGGGGAGGGGUUUAUUGGUGAGAUGGUGCCCACAAGAUAAAGUAUUAAUGCACCAAUCUGUGGCUUGCUUCAUUACACACUGUGGGUGGAACUCGACGCUGGAGACGGUGGUGGCAGGGGUGCCUGUUAUUGCUUAUCCAGGGUGGACAGAUCAACCAACAGUUGCUAAGUUUUUGGUUGAUGUUUUAAAGAAUGGUGUUAGGAUGAAAGUUGAAGAUGAGGUUGCAAGCUCGGGAGAGGUUGAAAGAUCCAUAGUGGAGGUUACUAUUGGACCAAAAUCGGAAGAGAUGAAGAAAAGGGCGUUGGAGUUGAAGGAAGCAUCCAGGAAAGUGGUGGCGGAUGGUGGUUCUUCUAAUCAGAAUAUUAAUCAGUUUAUUACUGAGAUCAUUGGUGGGUCAUUCCUGCAAAGUAUUACAGAAGUGGAAGGAAAAGAAAUUUAUGAAAAUGCUUAAAUAGUAGUAUAGUAGUGUACUUCUUAUUAAUAACCCUAAGACAUAUGUAUGGCAUAUGUAUAGGAAGUUUCAUUAUCUCCAUCUCAUAUUACUCUUCUUUUUCAA